AUGGAUUCUCCGUCGAAUCCUAUUGACCUUCGAGAUCAAGUUUCAGAGACCAUUUCGCGGAGUCUUAGCUCGAUCCAGGAAUCGAACGUUGAGGCACAUAUUGUUGCCGGAGAAAUUCGAGUUGCAGAACCAGUGUCGGAGGAUAUGGCGAAAUCGGAGGAGGUUGAGGAAGCCGAUGAUCCAGUUUCGAUCGAGGAAGACGAUGCUGAUACUAUGGAUCCGGCGGAUUCUCAAGCCAUGAGCUACUGUCACGGUGGUGGGCCGAAGCGGAAGAAAGGGAACAAUAAGAAACGUAAGCAGCUAGAGGAGAAAUCGAAGGAGAAGCUUAAGGUACUCAUAGAAACCUUAAAGCCUGUACCUUUCAAGCCAAUUAAAACCCUAGAUUUAUCUCGUUAUGAGAAUCUAUUGAAGACUCUAGGUUUGUGGGAUUUUGUGCAUUUGGAAUUCGAUCAGAGUAUUAGUUACGAUCUUGUGGCUCAGCUUAUCGCGUCGUAUAGUCAUGAGGGUAGGUGUAGCUAUGUAAACGGGUCUAGGAUCAAACUCAGUCGUGCGGAUUUGGCUCGAGCUUUGAAGUUGCCUAGUAAGAAAGAGCGUGUAGUGAUUCUAGAUGAGGAUAAGGAACUUUUGGAAUCAGAUGAAUCGAUCAAAUUCAUCGAAGAUAUUGUUUCGGAUUGGAUUCUACUGCAUUGUGAUGAUGCGUGGAUGAUGCCGGAUGAAGUGGUGGAAUGGAGGAAGGGUUUAAAGGAAAAGCAAAUGGAUAAGCUUGACUGGGCUGGAUUGUUCUGGAUCAUGGUUGAGAAAGAGCUCAAAGCGGAGCCUCCACUCGGGGAUUGUUACUAUGCAUCGCAUAUGCAGAUGGUGAUAAGAUCACAGAAAAAGGACUUGCUUAGUGAGGAGGCUGAAGUGGGGGGUAAUGAUGUGAAGGUGGAGGAUUCUCCGAACAAAUCUCCGGAAGAAGAUACGCCGAGGGAACAGUUGAGAGUGGAGGAUGUUGAGGUUGAGGAAGUGGGUUUGAAGGUAAAUGAUGAUAUUGCUGCUGUGAAUCAAAGAAUGGAUGAUGAAGCCGGUGGCUCAAAGGAAGAAAAGUAUGUGGAGGAAUGUAUGACUGAACUGAAUCUUGGGCAAGAGUCUGUGUCCGAAGUGGCUGCUGUGGAAGAGCGUCAUCAUGAGGAAAAACCAACCGAUCUUGAGGAAAACAAGGAAGAAGAGGAUGAAAAAUGGCUUUGGAACGAAGACAGUCACGCCUGUUCACAUUUUCUUCGGGGGUAUGAUGGUGGUGAUGCUACUGCAGGAGAUGAACGGACCAAAACAGAAGGACACAGAGAAGUGGGAGAAAAUGAAGCACUUGAAGAUGUUUCUGAAGAGGAAAUUGAGAAAGAUGGAGAAAAGCAGGAAGGAGGGUUUUCGUUGUUUCCAAAUGAGGAAACACUACAUGGCGUUGACCAGGAAAAUAUGAUGUUGGAUGAUGAUACAUCUCCAUUAGGUUAUAACUCUGAGCUACAAAUUCAUGAAAAUUCUACUGGUGAUUUCCUGGCAUCUAGAGCUGGCAUGCAUAUGGUUCCAACUAGUUCUGUUUUUGGGAAUGGUAACAAGAGAGAGAUUGAUCACGAGAAUGAUAUUUCGUACCAUUUUGACAAUCCUGCCAGUAAGAGGUUGAGAACUGAUGUUGGACCAUCUUAUGAUGACAAGCCAGUUCCUUUUGAGGUGUGCAUGGAGCAGAUUAAGCAGUUGGUGGAUAAGGCUAAGUUAUCAUAUGUCGAGAAAGACCGAGCUUGUAGAGAAUCUAAUAUGAGCCAACAAAUAAUGCUUAAUGAACUGCAAAGGAGAGAAGAUAUAAUUCAGCAAUUGCACAAGGACACUUAUGAAGAGCAACAGAGGAAGGACUUAGAGAUCUAUAAGCUUGAGAAUGAACUUCGUAUGAUGACAAGUGUAUUAACCGGGUACCGGAAAGCGUUGAAAGAUACGCAGAAGGAACGCAGAAAGCACUUUAAACGUUGCCCUUUGCGUGAUCAAUCGCUUUACAAGGAUGUUAAAGGUUCUGGAGGUUUAGUAUUGAGCACUGGUGAAAUCGAAAAGCUAAGACUGAAGCAAGAAGAAGAAGAGGGGUUAAGACGAGCUCUAAUAGAGAGACAAGUAGAAGAAUUUGAAAGUCGCUGGAUUAAAGACUUUGAAGUAAACCUUAACAGAAAAGUGGAGUUGCUUGAGGAGAAGCUAACUGGGUUUCAAAAUAAGGUGAAGCUCUUGCAAGAGACGGUCUCAAGACGCAAGGUUCUGGAUACGCCAGAAAGAUUUAAUGCAACAGCAGAAACUUGA